AUGAGAUCACAAGAACAAGUAACAGUGCAAGUGCAUGAAGUGUUAACUACAAUUUGGUGUUCACCAACUAACAACACUCACGAUCGUUCAUUAUCUGAAACCGAAUUUGAGAUGGUGAAACACAUCAUCAAAAUUCCAGGGCUAGAAGAUCUAAACCUCAAAGACUGUUGCAUCUACAAGGUUCCUUACAAUAUCCGAGAGGUGAACAAGGAUGCCUACACCCCUCAAUGGAUCUCAAUAGGCCCAAUUCACCUUUCCAAAGAGAAAUUCAAGCCAAUGCAAGAGCAAAAGAAAAGGUACUUCCACUACUUCUGGGAGCGAGUCUCAAACGAAGAAGCCAUGAAGAACUACAAACUCUACCUCAAGACCGAAGAAGAAGAGAUUCGCCAAUGCUACGCAGAGAAAUUCCCUGACUUGACCAAAGAGAAAUUCGUGGACAUGGUGCUGUUGGAUGCUGUGUUCAUCAUGGAACUCUUGUUGAGAAACUGUAAGUGGAAAUCGGAAAACAAAAGGCACGAGCAAGAGUUCCAGCCAACCAAGUCCUUUCGUCAGAGACACAGUGAGGAUCCCAUCGUUACGCAGCCCUGGCUCAGUAGGAACAUCGCUAGGGACUUGAUCCUUCUGGAGAAUCAAAUCCCUUUCUAUGUCCUGCACAAACUCUAUGAAGACGUUGUCCCUUGUCAAUACAAGCAAGAAAAGCACACUGCAGGGUUUGUUGAUCUUGCCAUCGAGUACUUUGUUUUCUAUGAUACCCAAAUGUCUUCUUCUGAUAAAACCAAGAAACACUCUUCUGGCUCACCCAAGUCAAAGAGCGAAGAUAGCUCUAGGGAUCCAAAAUAUGUACACUUCACUGAUCUGAUGAGAGGCUCUUACCUUUCCCGUACUGAGCGAAAAAGUGAUAAUGCCCCUCAUAAUUUAAGAACUGCAACAAAGUUGAAGGACUCAGGAGUGAGCUUUGAGAAAGAUGUGAAGAGAAAGUUACUAGACAUAACCUUCGAGAAGAAGCGAAUUCUGAGUUCAUUUCUUUGCUUUGGUUGCUUGCCAUGCCUGAACCACUUCAAGGCACGUUUCAUAAUCCCCCAGUUGAAGGUGGACCACACAACCGAAUGCGUGUUGAGGAACCUCAUUGCCUUGGAGCAGUGUCACUAUCCCGAGAAGCCUUACAUCUGCAACUACGUUUCUCUCAUUGACUCUCUCAUUCACACGCAGCAUGAUGUGGAGAUGCUGGUUGAGAAGGAAGUGAUCGUGCAUGAGUUGGGGAGUGAUAAGGAAGUGGCCACGCUUGUUAAUGGUCUAUGCAAACACGUUGUGACAAACUCAACGUGUUACUUUGAAACUUUAAUUUAUUUAUCUUCAUAUGAUCUUGAGUUUGAUGGGGUUGGUACUGGAAGAGUAUUGUGGGUAAUGUUUUUGGAAGGUGUUUGGGAUAAUUGUCUUGAAGGUGAUGGCAUAGAACUAGGUUCAGGGCCUUGUUCUAGUGCGGCUAUUAGAUCAAAUUUAUUGUGGAAUAAUAUGGGUGAGGUAGCUGCUUCUAAAAAUGUUGAGGUACUAAGUGCUGUCUUACUAUUGAGAGAGCUUGGUAACUUUCUUGCAGUACUCGGCGAUGCUGAUAAUUUUCUUGAACUUUCAGGCUAUGCCUGUUUAAUUGUCUUGAUGUUGAGAGAAGCCUUAAAAGGCGUCCCGUAUUGGUCUUUUGAACUUUUGCUCAUUUUCCUGUAA